CAUUGUGUGACUUUGUUGUAAAAUACCACUUUUAGCCCAAAUUAAGGACAUAAUACCAUUUAGUAUUUGUACUGUCACGAGUGACUUCAGAACUUUUUAAAGACAGAAUGGAAAACGACAAAAAAUAUAUUGUUCUAGGAGAUGACUAUAAAGGAUAUCCAUUAAAUAUGUUCUGUGUACCCAAACAUUAUGAAGAUGAUUUAGAACAUGUAUUAAUACCGGCUGGUUUGAUAAAUGACAGAAUUGAAAGAUUAGCCAGAGAAAUUAUCCAGGAUUUCCGUCACGAGGCUAUCACAGGGCUGUGUGUAUUAAAAGGGGGAUAUAAAUUUUUCACAGACCUUCUUGAUAAAAUUAAGGCACUGAACAGAAAUAGUGAGGAAUCAGUGCCACUUGCUGUGGAUUUUAUAAGGGUUAAAAGCUAUACGGGAACAACAUCAGGGGAGAUGACUGUAACUGGAAUUGAUAAUUUAGAGAAUUUAAAAGACAAAAAUGUAUUGAUAGUAGAAGAUAUUAUAGAUACCGGUAAAACUAUGAUCAAAUUACUAGAAAUAUUACAAAAAUACAACCCCAAAUCCAUCAAAGUUGCAAGUUUGUUAACCAAACGAAGAGCAAGUGGUACAGGAUUUAAACCCCAUUAUUUGGGUUUUGAAGUGCCAGAUAAGUUUGUAGUAGGAUAUGCAUUAGAUUAUAAUGAAUACUUUCGUGACCUCAAUCAUAUUUGUGUAAUAAAUCAACAUGGCAUAGAAAAAUAUACUACCAAGAAAUGAUGCAAGAGCUUCAUUAUAUAUAUUUCAAGUAUACAGAUAUCCUCCAUCUGGUGUCCCCUUUUUAUUCCUAAAUUCAUAAUCCUUACACACUCAAAUUGCAAGAACAAAAUUUGUGUCUUUUACACAAUAUAGGAGAUUUGUUUAAAAUGCUAUUCCAUUCAAAUUUUGACAACAAGUGUGUUUAUUUGAAUUUUCACUCAACAUUUUGUAUGUGAAUAGUUCAAUUAAAGAAGAAACAACAUUUUAAAGAUUUUUAUCAGACAUAACUGGCAAAAACACUUUACCAUCAGCCCUUGGCAUUAUUAAACAUUGGUAAAAAGCCAUCUUGAAGGACUUGAUGAUAUAGGGCUAUUUUUAAAGAAAAGAGGCAUCUAUGUAUAGACCUACAAAGACACUAUUAGACAUUAAUUUUGGCAGCAGGGCAUUAAUUCAUUGAUUUCUAUUAGUAUUUAUUGUUAUCUUUAACAGCAACACGUUUUCAGGUUGUGCUUUUGUAUUGCUAUUAUUGUAUAUAUAUAUUUCUCAAUUAAAUAUUCUGGCAUUAUCUUUUUAAAAAAAUAAUGGAUUAAGUAAUUAUUGGUAAAUGUUGUAGUUAUUUCUUGAUUAAGUUGAAAUUCUAAGGUUUACGAGUCAGGAUUUGAGAUCCAACCCAUAAGUAAGCAGACACACUCAACAUUACAGUAAAAUUAUUAAGAAAAUCUAACAUUGGUCUCAAUGGCAUCAUUGGUGUAUUUGUAUCGUGUUACAAACUGAAUAAAUGACAAGUCAUUUUGACCAAUGUAUAAAGGUACCCUUAGUCUCUGAAACAGGAUUCUUUUUAGUUAAGCCAAUCAGUAAUAGAGUUCACAGCUCAAUGAGGAAAUUUGAGCCUUCAAUUUCAUGUGUGUCUAGAAUCAUUGGCAUUUGUAUGUUAAAAUGACAAUUUGUCUCUACUUGAUACUAGAAAUAACAUAUAAAGAAAAGGAAAGUGAAAUCUUUAGUUUGAAGUAUGCAGUUCCGUGCAGUUCUAGUAAUUCCAUCAACUAGUAAUAUUCAAGACCCAAAUCAUCUCUUGAAAAUGUCAAACAAAGGCUGUAUUCUUAUACAUUGAUUAAUAUUCAGAUAUUUCUAUUAAUAUAAACUUAAUUAUUUUAUACGGCUGUUAGUUAUAUUUUCCACAAAUCUUAGAUCAUAGUUAUUGUUUUGUUUAAGCCGUAUUCAUAUGCCAUAUUAUCUAAAAAACACAAAUAUAGGUUAGAAUCUGACUCGUAAACCUUUGAUUUCUCAAGAUAUUUCUCAAUAUAUUUUAUCAUUACAUACCAGUAGGCUACUAUUCAGCAUUUUAUAUAUUAUUUUUCAUGAUUUUUAGAUUAAAACUUAUAUUUGAAAGUU